AUGUUACAGUUUAUUUUACACCCUUUAAACACAUUAUUUCAGAAAGCCGUGGAGGUCAUGGCUACACUUAUUCAGGAAAAUGGUAUUAAAGAAUUAAGUAAAGCUACACAUGGAGUAACUAAUCAUGGGAUGUCAAACCAUUCACAUGCAAUGCCUAUGCACAUGGUGCCAGAUCAUGAAUACUGUGAAGCGGGCCAACCGGAGCAAGUGCCUCCACAGUGCCUUGAGGCCGGGGAUAGCGUGCAGCCAGUUGCACAAGAGGAAGAUGAGGAAACACCUGAGAUAGACAUAGUGAUAAACAAUGUUGUGUGUAGUUUUAGUGUUAAGUGCCACCUAAAUUUGAGACAGAUUGCAUUGAAUGGUGUUAAUGUCGAGUUUCGACGGGAGAACGGUAUGGUGACUAUGAAGCUGCGUCGCCCAUAUACAACUGCGUCUAUCUGGUCAUCUGGUCGCAUUACGUGCACAGGCGCCACAAGUGAAGAGCAAGCAAAAAUCGCUGCUAGAAGAUAUGCGCGUGCGCUUCAGAAGCUAGGAUUUCAAGUUCGUUUCAGGAACUUUCGCGUUGUUAAUGUUCUCGGAACAUGUCGCAUGCCAUUUGGAAUAAAGAUUAUAGCAUUUUCAAGAAAAUACAAGGAGGCAGACUAUGAACCCGAGCUUCACCCUGGUGUCACAUAUAAGCUGUAUAAUCCCAAGGCCACUUUGAAGAUAUUUUCUACGGGAGGUGUCACAAUAACAGCUCGUAGCGUCAGUGACGUGCAGUCAGCCGUAGAGCGUAUUUUCCCCCUGGUCUACGAGUUCCGCAAACCUCGUACGGCUGCAGAUGAGGAGCUCCUACGGCAGAAGCGCGCGGCCCGCAGUCGACAACCCGCCUGCAGCGAUGUCCAGCCCAGGCGUGAGAAAGUCAAGGACGAGCUGAUCCUCGUCACUCUCUCCGAGGACGAAGACAACGAAGCCUGGGAGUGA